AUGACCGCCACUAGCAACGGCUUCACCAGCAACGGCGGACCUCAACUCCAGCUUAACAGGGCUGUGGAGACGGCCGAUCUCCUAGAGUCUGUUCAGCAGCUCAUCAUUCCCUUCAUCAAGGCCGCCGAUGAUGCCGCGGCUCACAAGGCUACGGGGAAUUUGGGGUUGAAUGCGAAUGGGGAGCCUCACAAUGUCUUGAUUGACUCAAAAAAGCCUUCAGACCUCGUUGCUAGGUUGAAGUUUCUUCUCCCAGAGGAGGGACUAGGCAAAGAUGGCCUCUUGCAGGGUAUCGAGAGACUACUCAAAUACAGCGUUAAUACAUGGGAUCAAGGUUUCAUGGACAAGCUGUACUCAAGUAACACGCCAGUGGGAGUUGUAGCUGAUCUCUUACUGUCCGUUUUGAACACCAAUCUACAUGUUUACCACGUCUCCCCGGCGUUGACCAUUAUCGAAAAGACGACUACCAAAGCAUUUGCCAACCUGUUCGGAUUUGACGGACAAUAUGCUGGCGGUGUAUCAUGUCCCGGAGGCAGUGGAUCCAACCUCACAUCUCUCAUCGUAGCUCGCAAUACGCUAUACCCCGAAAGCAAGACGGAAGGAAACGGCAAGCAUGAUUUCGUCGUCCUCACAAGUGCACACGGCCACUAUUCCGUGGAAAAGGCCGCAAUGGCAACCGGCAUGGGCUCAUCUGCCGUGUGGGCGGUUCCUGUGGACGACGAAGGCAGGAUGAAGCCAGAAGCCCUCCAGGAAUUGGUUUUGCUUGCCAAACAGCAGGGGAAGACGCCGUUCUAUGUUAACGCGACAGCCGGCACUACGGUCAAGGGCUCCUAUGACGCGUUUGAAGACAUCUCCAAGAUUUGCAAAGAGUUUGGCCUGUGGAUGCACAUCGACGCGAGCUGGGGUGGUAGCGUCAUCUUCUCAAAGGCGCAGAGCUGGAAGAUGAAGGGCUCGCAUCUGGCCGACUCGCUGACUGUCAACCCGCACAAGAUGCUCAAUGCACCAGUCACCUGUUCCUUGCUCCUGGGCCCGGAUAUGCGCGUCUUUCAACAGGCAAACAGCACCUCGGCAGGAUAUCUCUUCCACGGAAGCGACGAUGGCGAAAUCUGGGACUUGGCUGACUUGACGCUGCAAUGCGGCCGGCGAGGAGACACGCUCAAGGUUGCCUUGGCCUGGCUAUAUCAUGGCGCCAACGGAUUCGAGCGGCAAAUCGACCACGCAUUCAGCAUGGCUAGCUAUCUAUUCACGCUUCUGCAAGAAACCGGCAACUUUGUCAUGGUUUCGUCGUUUCCUCCACCCUGUCUCCAGGUCUGCUUCUAUUCAGCUCCUGGGGGUCAGUUGCCUUCUGAUAACAAGGUGAACACCUCCAGAACGCAGCAGAUUGCCCAUGCACUUGUUGGCAGAGGAUUCAUGGUUGAUUACGCUCCGGGCGAUCACGGUAGCUUCUUGCGUGUCGUGGUCAAUGUGCAGACCCUGGAGGGGACCGUUGAAGGCCUUGUCAAGGCCAUGAAUGAGUUGGGUGAGGAGUUUUCCCCGUGA